AUGACAACCAGCAUGGUGCUCAAAACGAACGACUAUGGUUACUUUCGCAUCCUGGGGAACGUGCGGAACUACCCCACGAAGCCCGUCUUCAGGAUCGAGGAUGUUUCUCCCUUCUGUGCGUGGAUCAGCUUCCAGUGGGAGCGCAACUUCAAGCCGUUCGGAUUCAUCCAGCUGGUGCAUAGCAGAUAUAUGGCGUGCCCCCUCAUCGUGUUGCUCUACCUCCUCAUGUGCAAGUACGGCCCCUCCAGAAUGAAAAACAGAAAAGAAUUCAACCUCCGCAGAGUGGUCAUCCUUUGGAACGUCCUCUUGUCCCUUUUCAACCUCAUCGUUGUAGUGAAGCUAACCCCCGUCCUCCUCUACAUUAUUUCCAAAUACACCUUCACGGGGUUGCUCAUCAUCCCACCAAUAUAUACCUACGCCUUUGGCACCCCCGGGUUAUGGGUUUGUCUCUUUAUCCUAUCCAAGUUUGUAGAACUAGCAGACACCCUCUUUCUAAUUUUGCGAAAAAAGAAAGUUACCUUGUUGCACUGGUUUCAUCAUUCAACCGUCUUGCUCUACACGUGGGAUACCUACUACGCUGAAGUGCCUGCGGGAUUUGUUUUUUCCCUCAUUAACGCAUUUGUGCACACCAUUAUGUAUAGCUAUUAUGCCAUGACUACUGUGUGUAGGAAGCCUUUACCUUGGAACAUCCUCGUUACUUUGCUUCAGAUUGUGCAGAUGAUCUUGGGCAUCCUUCUAACAGUCUACUGUCUCUACAUAACCUACACAUAUAGGUUCAACACCUACUGGGAUCUCCGUUCUGUUAGAAAAAUACAACACAAAUUCACCUUCGACUAUGGGCACUACGUGUCCAGAACGAAUGUGGCUUACGCCGUGCUUAUGUACUUAUCAUACUUACUACUGUUUGGGAAGUACUUCUACGACCGGUAUGUAUGUGCACCGCCUAAGCAGAUCCACAAGGAGAAGCCAGCCUGA